AUGAACGAGGCGUACGCCUUCUCGGCAACGCUUUCCGGCUGUUCCAAGAGGUCCAUCUUCCAGCAAUGGCCCAUGCUGAGCGCCGAGAUCUGCGUUCGCGCCAUGCUGCACCUGGCACCUGCUACACUGGGCCACCUGCUUCUCGGAGCCAUCGGACGUAUGGACAUGGUGGAGCGAGCAGUUGCACUGACGGACCGCAUUCGCAACGCUUCCGUGCGCUCCUUCCGAAGUCUAGCGUGGAUGGACGCGAACACUUCCAAGGCGAACGUGGAGAGGAUGACCAGUGUGACGAGCGUGGACGGAAUCUCGGCUCACCUGCUGCAGCCGGCAGCCGCCGACAAAAGCUACGACUUCUUGCCUUCUUUCUCCAAGGACACCGGUACAUUCGGCCGCCAGCUGCUCGAGGCUCGCCGGCGCCGCUUCCACAAGCUCCGGCGACUCAUCUACACCGAUCCGGACAAGGUCAAUCGGCGCAGUGAGAUGCUUAUGCCCGUCAUGACGGUGAACGCCUACUACAUGCCCGUGUUCCACGUGGUCGUCAUAUCCGGUGCUACGCUGCAGUCGCCGUUCGCAGUUGAAGCUGAUGUGCCGGCCAUCAACUACGGCGGCCUGGGUCGCAUCAUCGGCCACGAGUUGACCCACGCGUUCGACGUUUCUAAUUCGUACCUUGACCAGCACAUGCAGCCGUUCACACUCUACAGCCCAUCGUCGCGCAAGGAGUUCCUCGCCCGCCUCGCCUGCCUCGCCAAACAGCAGAUCAACGAUGGUUCGGGCAGCCAGACCCUGGGCAACAACUCCAUCUCGGAGGCGUUCGCCGACAGCGCUGGUCUCGAAAAGGCCCAGCUCGCCUUCGAUGCGGCGCUACUGCAGCAGCAGUACGAGACGCAGCUGCAUGGCGAUGUACCGGGGGCCACCUCUCCGCUGGGCUACACGGCGCAGCAGCUGUUCUUCGUCAGCAGCUGCUUCAUGUUCUGCUCCUUCCAAGGAUACGCGUUCGAGCGAAGCGCCGUGUAUCCGCCUCCAUUCCUGCGCUGCAACACGCCAGUUAUGAAUACGCGGGCAUUUGGUGCCGCCUUCAGCUGCGCACAGGGCGCCCCUAUGAACCCCAUCAUUCGCUGCAACUUCCACUGA